CCCGAGAUGCCGCUCCCCAAGCAACACUUAACACUCCACGGCGGCUGUAAUUGUCGCGCCAUACGGUACCGCAUCUCUGUCCCCGCGUACUCUGCCCGUCCUAUCGCUUUGGAACACAGCGGAGGGAUGAACCCCUCGGAAGAUGAAAGACAUGCCACGCAUCCCAUUCGUGCUACUCGAUCACUGUAACGACUGUGGCCGCGCAACAGCGAGCGUGGUCCCGAUGUGUUUGGUCAGUGAGAUGAAGACCGUGGAGGUAUCCCUAGCGGGUUUCUCCCACGAUAACCCCCAACAAGUGUCAGCAAUGGAUGACGACACUGCAAGGAAAUGGCAGCCGCUCGCUUCGGUUGUGGACGCUUUCGAAGAGGGCUCCAACGUAGCCUCAACCCCGGACUCGAUGCCAGACACCAUUCUGACUCUGGGUCAUUACAUUUCCUCCGCUGGUCGGCAUCGUUGGUUUUGCAGGCGGUGCGGGACUUCCCUCGCGUACAGCGUCACUUAUUCGGCAUACCCCAAGCCAUGGAGGGCCGCCUCCGCGCCUCGCAUGUUUGACAUCUGGCUGGGGACGCUCGAUCGGGACUGUCUGGAGCAGGAAUGGAUGAGGCCGGAUCAUGCCGUGUGG